AUGAUUGAAUACGGAAUUAUGAACGAGAAUACAAGAAAGCUAUUGUCAAAAGACGAAAGUGCCGAUCAAACUGCAAAGACGGAAGGUAACUAUGGUCUGGUGCUGGCAAAGGUAUACAAAGAACAGAAAAAGAAACUCGGAAAAAUUCUCAACGAUCGCUGUCCCUACGGACCGUACAACAUGAAGAGUCGAUUCGAGUACAUUAUCACUCUCCCAAACGCCGACAAGAUUAUGGUUGCACAAACGAGCGAGAAGGUGGAAGGAUAUACACUGAAAAACAUACAUUUGGAAUACGAAACCCUCGAGAACGAAGAACUGGCUAAACGAGUAAACGAAGGAUACGAAGUCGGUAGAUUCUUAUCCUACGAACACACAACACUGCUGAAAACAACCAUGUGGGCAAAGAACGCCACAAGGUUCAACGAGAGGAUAGACGGUCCGAUGGAAAGUAUGAGAGCCGUUGUUCUACUCUUCAGAAAAAGGACAAUAACUGACAGCGAGGAAUACAUUUUCCCAGGCAUCGAAAAAGUAAAGGUCACGAUAGAAGGAAAGCCGAAUGCUGUAUAUAGUCAGGGUUUAACACCAGAAAAUUUCCACGACGAAGCAAGAAGACUAUUUGAAACAACCAGUAACACCUGUAGCGACAACAUAUGCGUUAGGGAAUUCUACGAAAAUAAAUUCGCACUGGUCGUUGAUCUGAGAGCUGUCGAUGACAGUCAUGCCGUUGUAAGUGGAAAAAAGCUUCCCGGCGAUAAUCCCGGAAUUCUUCUGGAGAUCGAAACCGUCGUGAUGACCGAAGACAUUCUCUGUAACAUUUUCGUGUUAUCCGAUGGACUUAUAAACAUCAGCGGAAAGACCCUUUAA